AUGAUGCCUCCUAAUGAGCAAGAAUCUAGCUUUCCGAAAACACCGGGUGCUAACCAAGGCGUAACAAGCCCUGUUCAAGAAACCCGCUUUAGCUCUCCAAGUCAUGUAAUCCCAGGCCACGACGGUCCGAGUCACCAAUCAAGGCAAUCUUCCGUUCUACGCCAAUCUUUACGUCCUAUAAUCCUCAAGUUUGAGGAGCUGACGUACAGUAUUACAUCACAAACCGGGAAAAGAAGCUACUGGUUUGGUUCACAAGAACCAAAACCGAACCGGUUCGUUCUCAACGGUGUAAGCGGGAUAGUCAAGCCAGGUGAGCUACUAGCAAUGCUUGGUCCAUCAGGUAGUGGCAAAACAACGCUAGUAACGGCGUUAGCCGGACGUUUACACGGUAAGCUCUCAGGAACGGUUAGUUAUAACGGAGAACCGUUUACAAGCGCCGUGAAACGUAAAACGGGAUUCGUUACGCAAGAAGACGUUCUCUACCCACACUUGACGGUAAUGGAGACGCUUACGUACACAGCUUUGCUCCGUUUACCCAAAGAACUGACCCGGAAAGAGAAAAUCGAGCAGACGGAGACUGUUGUUUCGGAUCUCGGGUUGAACCGGUGCAGUAACAGCGUGAUCGGAGGCGGGUUGGUCCGAGGGAUAUCGGGUGGGGAGAGAAAACGGGUUGGUAUCGGACAAGAAAUGCUUGUGAACCCGAGUUUGUUGCUUCUUGAUGAGCCGACGUCGGGGCUUGAUUCCACGACGGCGGCGCGUAUAGUCGCCACGUUGAGAACGUUAGCGCGUGGUGGUCGGACGGUGGUCACGACGAUUCAUCAGCCGUCGAGUAGGCUUUAUAGGAUGUUUGAUAAAGUGUUGGUUUUGUCUGAAGGAAGUCCGAUUUAUAGUGGGGAUUCGGGUCGGGUCAUGGAGUAUUUUGGAUCGAUUGGGUUUCAACCCGGAUCCAGUUUUGUUAACCCGGCUGACUUCGUUCUUGAUCUUGCUAACGGAAUUACUUCGGAUACAAAGCAACAUGAUCAAGUCGACAUAAAUGGGAGAUUAGAUCGGCUUGAAGAACAAAACUCAGUAAAACAGUCGUUAAUAUCGUCUUACAAAAAUAACUUGUAUCCACCUUUGAAAGAAGAAGUUUCUAGAACAUAUCCACAAGAUCAAACGGCCAAUGGAUCGAGAGCAAAGUCUUUAACAAAUCGAUGGCCAACAAGUUGGUGGAUGCAGUUCUCAGUUUUACUGAAGCGAGGUUUAAAGGAGAGAAGUCAUGAAUCAUUUUCAGGACUAAGAAUAUUUAUGGUCAUGUCGGUUUCUAUACUUUCUGGCCUCUUAUGGUGGCAUUCUCGCGUUGCUCAUAUACAAGAUCAGGUGGGUCUAUUGUUCUUCUUCUCGAUAUUCUGGGGAUUCUUUCCUCUCUUCAACGCCAUAUUUACAUUCCCUCAAGAACGUCCAAUGCUCAUAAAAGAGCGAUCCUCAGGAAUCUAUAGACUCUCCUCCUACUACAUAGCAAGAAUAGUUGGGGAUUUACCAAUGGAACUCAUUCUUCCAACGAUCUUUGUCACGAUCACAUAUUGGAUGGGAGGUCUCAAACCAUCUUUAACCACAUUCCUCUUGACCCUUAUGAUCGUUCUCUACAAUGUUUUAGUGGCUCAAGGCGUAGGGUUAGCCUUAGGAGCAAUUUUGAUGGAUGCGAAAAAAGCAGCAACAUUUUCUUCGGUUUUAAUGCUAGUGUUCUUACUAGCCGGAGGUUACUAUAUCCAGCAUAUACCGGGGUUCAUCGCGUGGUUGAAGUAUAUUUCUUUUAGCCAUUAUUGCUAUAAGCUUCUUGUUGGAGUUCAAUACACAUGGGAUGAGGUAUAUGAAUGUGGACCAGGGUUGCAUUGUAGCGUUAUGGAUUAUGAAGGGAUUAAGAAUUUGAGGAUAGGGUAUAUGAUGUGGGAUGUUUUGGCUCUUGCCCUUAUGUUGUUUCUUUAUAGAGUUCUUGCUUACCUCGCUCUAAGGAACUUGUGACUGCUUCUAAUUUGUAUUUUUUUUAACUAUGUAUAAGCCAAGUAAGUGUAAAAUAUCAAUAAGAUUACUAUUGUGGUUCAUUUCUCUUUCGCAACUCAAGAACAAAUCAAGAAGAAGGAUUAAAAAGACCCAACUGUAUACGAAAUCAUAGUCUAACUAAACACUGAAUCAACCCAUGACAUCUUGAAAGUUGUUAAAAACUUAAAACUAACCAAGAAAAUCCUUUAAAAUGAUAGAUGGUUUAAACUGCUUACUAUAAAACCUCAAGUUCUGAAACUUCACCAGUGAGUAAAAAAAACGACAGAAUGGAUAAACCCAUGCCUGUAUUACGUUUACAGCCCAUUUUGACACCUCAAAUUAAAAUACGUACGUUAGUAAUUUAAUAGUUAUAUGAUGUGUGAGAAAGAACAGAGACUGUCCAUGUCGAGGACUUCCUUAUCCGUUGGGUCAUUCGGUUAAGACGUGUCUCGUGUUUCCAUGUGUUUGAGCACGUCAUCCCAGCACUAAAGCCAAGCGCGUGGUCGCUUUGCGUUCUUGUGGAUGUGCUCUUCCGGCUCGUGAGGUGACCCGGAGGGCAAGGCGUGGAGAUGUGGCUGCUUAUCACCCCAUUUUUGUGCAGGUUUUAGGCGUAUGGUUCUUCGGAGCUUCUUGCGUCUCAAUAAUUGCUUGGUCUUGGUGAUGCGGGAGUUCUAGGCCUCUUGAGAGGCUGCUGUUCGUGUUGGUCAACGCUUAGGAAGUCUACUGCGAGCUGUUCUUGGUCGAGUCAAUCAUAAAGAGCGGAUCAUCGGGGAGGCCAAAAUUACCGGGUUCUGACUCUCGGAUUAACUGUGAUUCUUCCUUUUGCGGCAAGCGGUUGUGCGGAUUAGUUGAGACCUCCGGUAGCAGUUUUUUCUUGUUGUGUAUGUCUCUUGUUUUGUCAAGUUUGAGUUGUUGUUUAGGUUUUUAUUUUUUUUCUUCUGUUUCUUUGUUAUCUUUGUAAUUCUGUCAAAAAACUGAAAAUUGGUAAUAAUAUCUUUACAUUUUUACC